UGCGGCGGUGUUUCUGUGCCACGGAAUAUCGCCGAGUGCAGCUCCAUUGACCGAUUGGACAUGACGAAGGUACCUGUCGAGCUGAUUGCGACCUUUGGCGUUGGGCUAAGCGCUGGCCUGCUCUUGCACAAGUAUGCCGUCGCAUCAAGGACGAACGAGGACGUAUCGCCAAUGCAUGGUCUCUUACCAGAAGACGAGCUGGACGAAGUUCGACGCCUGGUGCGACCGAACAUCCUGAAACUGACGCCAUAUCGAUGUGCUCGCGACGACUACAGCGAAGGCACGCUAUUAGAUGCCAACGAAAACAGCCUUGGCCCUCCCUUGGAGGACGACCAUCACCUACGAGACGAAGGGUUGGAGCGGUACCCGUGCCCAUACCAAGUCGACCUGAAGACCGCCGUGGCGAACUUGCGCCAGCGCGACAGCAGCUCUCCACUUGAGGACAAGCAUGUCUUUCUUGGCGUCGGUAGCGACGAAGUGAUCGACCUGAUGAUCCGCAUUGCGUGCAUUCCACGCGUCGAUUCGAUCUUGAUCACGCCUCCUACAUACGGCAUGUACAGCGUAUGUGCAGACAUCCAUGACGUCAACAUCAUCAAGUCGCCGCUCGUCUUGACGCUACCCACGGGCAGAGAAACCCUCCCGUCGUUUCACAUCGACCCCGACCACAUUUUGUCCGUGGUCACCCCGUCGACCAAAGUCAUGUUCCUGUGCAGCCCUGGCAAUCCGACAGCGAAUUCCCUGCGUGUCGCAGAUAUCGAGCGCCUCCUUGCGUCGCCAAAGUACAAGGGUUUCGUCGUCGUUGACGAAGCCUACAUCGACUUUACCGGCAGCGACUCGAGCAGUCUCGCUCCUCUUGUGACCAAGUACCGCCGACUGGUCGUGACCCAGACGCUAUCCAAGGGAUUUGGCCUGGCAGGGAUUCGCCUCGGGAUUGCAUUUGGCGACCCGGCAUUGAUUCAGUUGCUAAGCAACGUCAAGGCGCCGUACAACAUCAACAAACUGUCUUCCAAAGUUGCUCUCGAUGCACUGGUCAACGUCGACCGGUUGCAUGCGAACGUGCGCGUCAUUUUGGAAGAGAAGAAAAAAGUGAUCGAGGCACUCCAGGCGUCGCCGUACGUGAAGACUGUGUACGCGUCCGACUCGAACUUUGUCCUGUUUGAGUGCGCCAACGCGUACCAAGUGUACCGCAAGAUGGCUGAAAACGGCGUCGUGAUUCGAUACCGAGGCAACCAACAUCUCCUGAACAACUGCCUUCGUGCCACGAUCGGGUCGCCCGAAGAAAACAACCGAAUGCUCACCAUGUUUGCCGCGGUGUCUGCGGAGGAAGCAUCCAUGAGCUAGACGAACGAUACAGUGUUGAAUGGAAGACCCGCUACGACGAUAAUGGCGUCGAAUGUCCUUAUCA